CGGAUAUGUUUGUUUUGUAUGUAGUCGGUAUCAUAGGCUCCGUGUCGCGUCAUGCAUAUACUUUGGCCAGCACUGCAUUUGACCGUCACAGCACAGAGUCUGUCAUGAGAAGAGGGUGUCUUCCAGGUCUCUCGCUUCCACCAGCUCCCUGUACUUGUCUCCCUUCUCACGUAUCUCUUCCACAGACAUGCCCUGCAGCUCCCUUGUGAUGUCAGCCACCUUAGCGCUCUUCUUAAGCGGACACGUCUCCACAGAAGGCGCCUCAUACGUCUUGCUCGGCCUGUCGGCCUGCGCCGGAUCUUCCUCCACUUGCAGAACAUAAGUGCCGUUCGCUUCAAGCCCCUCAAACCAGUCUGACUCACCGUCUUGUGAUUUUUCUACUUGUUGGCCCUGUCCGUCUUCCAUCGUGAUAGCAGCGUUCUCGCCAAAGGCCAGUCUGAUGCCGAACUCCUCGUCCAGCCUUGACAUCGCCAGCCGCCCCCGGUCGAUGUCGAAUGGCUUGGUGUAGUGGAGAAACUUGACAGUCACAGUGCCCUUCUCCGGUGGGGCCGACUCGGACGCAUUACAAGGCUGUGCGGGCGGGCCGGGGGACUCACUUACAGCGGCAGGCUGCGGCUCCUCCGCUACUCGUGGUGGUUUCUUCUUGCGUGUUGGGGCCGAUGGUUGCUGGCCUUUGGUGGCUGCUUUCGCUUUGCCUUUAGGUUGCUGUGCCUUCGGCCG